AUAAAACAUAAAAGCAACAAAAGGCUAUUUUUUGGACAGUGCUCUGCAACUUGAACAAAAGUGAGAAACGGUAGCGAAUCGAUUCAGCUUACUCUCACCCUGCUGUUUUACUCUGUUUUCAGACGGAAUUAGAAGUUUCUGGGGAGACAUACUCUGUACUGGGAGGAGAUGGCAUGCGAGAAGGAAGCAUCUGAUGUGUACUGCAAGCAAAACGGCCUCUUGUUUCAUGGAAAGAGAGUUUCUUCUUUCUUUAAAGUGAUGAUCGACAAAAGUUUCCACAAAAUUCUGUACUUUCCCCCCAUGUUUGCUCAAUCAGUUUCACACCUGACUGAUCGGGAAACUUAUCUGGAGGACUCGAGUGGACAGAGAUGGAGGGUAACAAUAUGUAACCAUGAAGGUUCACUUGCUAUCCGACAGGGAUGGCCUAAAUUUUCAUCUGAACAUGGUCUAAAUCUGGGAGACUUCUUGGUUUUCUACUAUGUUGUUGAGGUUCAGUACUUCAUUGUUCAAAUAUAUGAUAAAAGUGGUUGUCAAAAGAUCAAGUUCUACAGUGACUCCGGCAAAGGGAAAAGAAAAACAAGGACUUAUCCAGAAGCAACUUCCCAGGUUAAGCUGCUUCAGACAACUGAUAUAAAUCCAGCCAACAAAAGGAGUAAAAUAUCUGCUGUAUCAGAGUCCAAAAAGGUCCCAUGCAAGACACAUAUUAAAAAGUUUGCAACGAACAUUGAUGCUGACACUGGGAAGGGACAAUUAGUAUAUCCAGCUGUAUACGUGGACGAAUCGUUUUGUAUGAUUGAUAGAGAUGCUCAAUAUCAUCAAGGAGACGACAGGUUGUGCUUACAUCUGUCAAGUUUUGAAAUGCCAGCAAGCAAACCUCUUGCAGAAGGAACUAGCAGUCUUUUAAAAGCUGACGGUGGAAAUUCUAUUCAUGUUGAAACCAAUUUAAGAUCACAAACAGAACCAAAUUUAGUAGUUGUUGCUGACUACUUAAAUUCGGAAGAAUUGUUGCCAAAGUUUGAGGCUGAAAUCACGGGAACUGAUAUGGUACCAGCGAAAGAUAUUCCACUUUUGAGUCAAAAAGAUCAAAAUGAUUGUCCAAGUGGUAUUAUCUCUUCUUCAUUCUUGAAACCUGCUGCAAAUAUCAACAAAAAUGAUGGCGUAUCAAAUGUCACCAAAUACCAAAAUCAUUGGAUGAGUACUGACACUAAGUCUAUGAUGUUGCAAUCUGACAACAAAGAUGGUCGCUGCACAGGCAGUAAUCAAAUUACUAGAGAGAAAUCCAAUGAAGCAUCUUGGUUCGCUAGGGAAACAAGACUAGUCAAGAAAGAAUAUGAGGAGACAGCAGCAGAAGCAUAUUAUCCUGCUAGAGCAAUAAGUGGAAAGGAGCCAGCAAAUGGUGAAAAAGUCAUCAAAAGUGAGCCUGCUGAUUCAGGAGACAUGCCAUCUCUUAAGGCAGUCAGCUAUUCAUGUUUGCUGGAGGUCGAUGGUCGAGAUUUUCUGGAACUACCAGAAUCCUGGCGAAAAUAUUUAAUGAAAAAGGCAAAGCUGGAAAGGUGGAUUAUUUUUCUACGAGGACCGGAUAAAAAAAUCUGGCCAAUCAUCUAUCAUCGCAGAGCAGGUGUUGAUGUUUUGACAAAUGGAUGGAAAACUUUUGCUGCAGCUUAUGGCCUGAAUCGUGGAGAUGAUUGUCUUUUUGAACUUGAAAAUCAGCUGGAAUGUAUAUUUGCUGUACGUAAAUUGUAAAAGUAAAAUGCCAAAAGAACUACUUGGAGCCAAUUAUCUAGAGCAGUUACAAGAGGAAUGAAACAGGAGCUAUGCCCAGAUUCUUAUUUAUGGUUUUUGAACAGCAUUCAGUUGUUGCCUGGCUGGGUCAAAACUUGAUUAUGAAGUUGCCUGGCCAAUUAUCAUUUUGAAGUUGCACUGUAUUUGCAACUAUGAUGUUAGGACUCAUCACAAAUUAUCAUUUGGACGUUUGGAUUAUUUUGAAGCUCUACUCUUUUGAGUCUA